AUGGACCCUCACGUCAGCUCCCACGUGCACGCCGCCGCCGCGCGCGGGGCGAAGGAGGCCGCAGACGACGUCGUCGUCGUGCUCACGGCCGACGUCGAGGCGGCGCCCGAUCCAUCGUCGACGAAGCCAGCCGAUCACCCGAGUGGCGGCGACGACGGCGCCGGCGUCAACUACAUGGCCCGCGCGCAGUGGCUCCGCGCGGCGGUGCUGGGCGCCAACGACGGGCUGGUCUCGGUAGCGUCGCUCAUGAUCGGCGUCAGCGCCGCCAACUCCGCCGAGAAGACGAUGCUCGUGUCGGGGCUGGCCGGGCUGGUGGCGGGCGCCUGCAGCAUGGCGAUCGGCGAGUACGUCUCCGUGUACGCGCAGUACGACAUCGAGGUGUCCCAGAUCAAGCGGGACGACGACAGCCCCGGCGCCAAGGACAGGAAGAACCUGCCGAGCCCGGCGCGGGCGGCGCUGGCCUCGGCGCUGGCGUUCGCGGUGGGCGCGCUGGUGCCGCUGCUGGCGGGCGGGUUCGUGAAGCCGUGGGGCGCCAGGGUCGGGGCCGUGUGCGCGGCGACCACCGUGGGGCUGGCGGGGUUCGGGGCCGCCGGCGGGUACCUGGGCGGCGCGAGCAUGGCGAGGUCCGGGUUCAGGGUGCUCGCGGGCGGCUGGCUCGCCAUGGCCGUCACGUACGGCGUGCUCUGGCUCUUCGUCAAGGUGUUCCACAUCCAGGUCUCGUCGCUGGCGUGA